CUUUGUAAUUGUUGUUGACAUAUCAUUGCGCUAUCUAGUAUUGCGUUGUGCAUCUGAACGCGGAGGAGAGAAAAUGUCCUACAAGGUGCACUACUUUGAUUUCCCCGGGCGCGCUGAGGUAGCACGCCUUUGUUUGUCGAUUGGGGGCAUUCCAUACGAUGAUGUUUUCUACACGCAAGCGACAUUCCCGGAAGCGAAACCGAAAAUGCCUUUCGGGCAAGUUCCCGUCCUGGAGCUUCCUGACGGAAAGAUGCUUGCCCAAAGUGGUGCAAUUGAACGGUACACGGCCAAGCUGGCAGGCCUCUACCCUGAAGACCCGCUGAAGGCCGCUCGUGCCGACGAAGCCGUCUUCUUGAUGGCCGACUUCAUGGACCUGUUCAACCCCGCCUUCUACCUGCCCGCCGAGGAGAGAGCCAAGGCCCGCCAGGAAAUCCUGGCGGGCAAGGGCAAGGAUAAGCUCCAGCUCCUGAACAAGCACGUGAGCAACCUGGGUGAGGAUGGCUACGUCGCGGGUGACAAGCUUAGCUUCGCGGAUUUGGGCAUUUUCACCUCCUUGAGCGCGAUUAUCAGCGGCGUCUAUGAUGGUAUUCCACCCACGCUGCUGGAUGACUACCCCGCCCUGAAGGCCUUCCGCAAUAAGAUCGCCAACGAGCCGGGCGUCAAGGCCUACUACGAAAAGCACGGCGAGGGUAUUCGUGCCGCCUUCAAGCCCGACUCGGCCUAAGACCGAAGUCCCCCACCGCCGGAAAGGCGACCAGCAUGUGGGGAGGUUGAACUAUGCAUGGAAUGUAUCGGGGCGUGCUUCAGCGCGUUUCUGUGGUGUGCGUUUGGGGGUUAUGCUUUGCAGUCGCCGCUUGCGCAUGUUGCGCAUCGCCCCAGCGCGGCGACGCGGACGAAGGCUGGGACAGGUACCGGUGCUUUGCAUAGUCCGUACAUGUCUAUGUUGUGUUCAAUACGUGUCUAUGUUGUGUUUAGAGGGUUGGAUUUUGGUUAAGACUAGUUGUCUGUCACAUUGCGGUUGUGUUGAGUUUUGAGGUGUUUCGGACGACGAACGAGGCUGAAAGCUGUCCAUCCCUAGGUGCAACUGCUGACUGAUGAGGCAUUCAUCGGGUUCAUGUGCAUCCUGCAUCUUAGCCACGCUAGGUUGUCCUUAUCCGUACGGCAUAUACACAUAUACGGAUGUACUGCAUGUGCGUAUGGGUACAACGGACAUACAGGCAACUGUGCAGGAUGCAUCUUACUGAGAGAGGACGGAUCUAUAAUCCAUGGGCAUAGGUGAUUUAGUACGGCAAACGUAGGCAUCAUCGACGCUGUGCCGCCAUGUUGAAAAGCCCUGUCGGUCCUUUGAGUUAGUCCUCCAUGUUCUGUCGUCGUCGAAGAGAAAACUUCG